AUGGCGAUUGUCUCGCCGUCUGCUGAUCUUGUAGCGCUACUCACCUUCCUCAUCUGCCUCAUCCAUCGUUGUGGCGCAGGAGGCUAUGACGCCGAGCUCUACCACCCGGUAAUCUUGAUCCCUGGUUUCACUUGCCCCAACCUGGAGGCGUGGCUGGCCAACACCUACGCGCCGUCGUUGCCCCGCUGCGGCGAGCUCAAGGGGAAGGGGUGGUUCCCGCUGUGGAAAAACACGACGGACCUGGUCCGGCAGGACUACGUGCCGUGCUUCGAGGAGCAGAUGCGCCUCGUCUAUGACCCCGUCCUCAACGACUACCGGAACUUGCCCGGCGUCGAGACCCGCGUGCCGGACUUCGGCUCCGCCCACGGGUUCACCUCCAAGAACGAUUCGAGCCGUAUCCCAACUUGUCUGGCAAGGGUCCGCGAAGAGCUUGAGUUGCUUGGGUAUCGCGACGGAGAUACCCUUUUCGGAGCUCCCUAUGACCCACGGCACGCUCCGCCGCUGCCAGGGCAACCAUCUCAGGUGUACUCCGACUAUUUUGCUCGUGUCAAGGACCUGGUGGAGCGUGCGAGCGAGAAGAAUCAAAACAAGCCGGUCAUCCUCGUUGCGCACAGCUUUGGUGGCAAGGUCAUCCUCGGGUUCAUCAACUCGACUCCCAUGCCAUGGAGGAAGAAAUUCAUCAAGCACCUGGUCCUCGUAUCACCCACACCUCCGGAAGGUUUUCUGGGGGUGCUCACGAGCCUCGCCUCGGGACCGUCCUUCCUCGUCCCAUCGGUUCCGCCGCUGCUUCUGCGGCAAAUGUGGAGAACCUUUGCAAGCACCCUUUUAUCCCUCCCAUCUCCCAUGGCAUUUGGUCACAGGCCAAUUGUGAUCACCAAACACAAGAACUACUCGGCAUAUGACUACAAGGACCUCCUCCCAGCACUCGGUUUGAACACCGAGGUCGUGAAACGAGUGCUUUCGAUGAAGCUGAGAAUUGACCCACCGAUGGUGCCAACUACAUACCUCAACGGCGUUGGUGUCAAAACGCCGGAGCAGGUGGUGUACCGGGAUGGUAACUUCGACAUGGCUCCCAAGAAGGUAUACGGCGAUGGAGAUGGGACCAUGAAUUUGUUUAGCGUGCUUGCGUUUGUGAAGGAGCUAAGUAGGCAACAAGAAGCUAACAUACCCUUCAAGUUCGUGGAGAUUGCUAAUGCCACACACUCCGAUAUUGUUGUUCAGGAGCAUUCGCUCAAGAAGGUCAUGGACGCAAUUCUAGAAGCAAAUCGCUGA